AUGUAUACAAUAGAGAGCUGGACGUGUAUUUGUCUUAUUAUUUGCAGUAUGCAGAGCGUGUGUCAUUGCUGUGACUGGAUCCCACACCACUACGGCCUCUUGAGCGCAGAAUACCUUUCCCUGCUGGACCAGAUGGGAGGAGAUAUUACAGAGCAGAAUGCCUUUGUCUAUUUCCCCGAAUCACUUUACAGACCCAUAUAUGAUGCCAAGUUUGAUGACAAAGUCAGAUUCCUGAACGAGACCAUCUUUCAAAUCACAAAACUCUUUCAUGGGAAUAUGACGCUUGUCACCUGGAACAAAACAAACCUGACCAAUUUCGUCUACAAUCUCGAACGCCAAUUUAAGAACCUUCAGUCCUGUGUAUCACCUGACAAGAAACCUGAGUGGAUACUGAAAAGCUACUUCAUGAUGUUGAAUGAUGUUCUGAUAGAAAUGCACUACAGUGAACCGGCGUGGGAGCUCAUCAGGACAGAGACGAAACUUCUUCUGGAAAGAUUGGAUAUCCUUGUGGGACAGAUGCACUGA